GUUUUCUUCUGUUUGCUGUCCAUUCAUUUAUUUAUACAUUUUUGUAGUAUCGUAUUUUUUCCAUCUCUCUCUGUCCCCCAUCUUCUUCCAGCCUUCUCCACACACAAAAAAAAACCAAUCAGAAGAGAGGAAAAAAUAUUUUCUUUUUUGUGUUUGAUUAUUGUUCUAGUUACUGAUCUAUUUCAACAUUGAAAUUGAAAUCCUUCCUUAUCAAUUCUUUUUCAAUCGGACAAAUCGGUUUAUUUUGGAUUUGUACCGAUAGUUUUGCUAUUUUUGGUAAUUUUGGCGCUUACCCAUUUGAUUGUUUAACGAGAUCUACAAAUUUUUUUCUAGUUCAAUUUGUCUACGGCAUUUAUCGCCGGGGCGCCGACAGACUUUUCUUGAUUCUCCGGUUAUCUUUUGGUACUGAUUCUUUCUUUCCUUAAAGCGGUUAAUAGACAAGUGAUAAUAGCUGGAAAGUUUAGGCAGUGCGUGUAGUGUUUUGCUUAGUAUUUGUUCCCUUCUCUCUUCACGCGUGGCGCUACCUUUUGCACUUGUGUUAAUGUUACCACUUCCAAAACGCUAAAUUACAACUGUUUCUAACUGGCUUUUGGACUUUUUUUUGAGGGAAAAAGGAUAAAUGGAUAUGCACACUGAAGUCAAUGGUUUGAUCUGAUUCCUUAAAAAUUCAACGUCACCAUCCAAUACUCCAAAAAUUAAUUUCUUUCGUAUUGUUUUUCUGUUUUACCAUCUCAAUAAAAAUGAUGCGAAUGAAGACCAAAACCACCGGUAUGCCUCCGAUGAUGAACGACAGUACCGCCGCAGGCGAAAACGAGUGGGAAGUCCGACCCGGUGGAAUGUUGGUCCAGAAGCGUAACCCGGAUUCGGAAAACCGCCCUCCUCCACCCCCAAUUCGGAUCCGGGUUAAGUAUGGCUCAAUUUAUCAUGAAAUCAAUAUCAGUUCUCAAGCAACUUUUGGGGAAUUGAAGAAAAUGUUAACGGGGCCGACAGGGCUGCACCACCAAGAUCAAAAGUUGUUGUACAAAGACAAAGAAAGAGACAACAAUGCUUUCCUUGAUAUUGCCGGUGUUAAGGAUAAGUCAAAAAUUGUUGUAAUUGAAGACCCGCUUAGCCAAGAGAAACGGUACCUUGAGUUGAGAAAGAAUGCUAAGAUGGAGAAAGCUGCUAAAACUAUAUCAGACAUCAGUUUUGAAGUCGACAGGCUUGCUGGACAGGUGUCUGCAUUCGAAUCAAUAAUUUCCAAAGGUGCAAAAGUUGUUGAGAAGGAUUUGGUUAAGGUGAUUGAGUUGUUGAUGAAUCAAUUGCUUAAAUUGGAUGGAAUUGUAGCUGAAGGUGAUGUUAAAUUACAGAGAAAAAUGCAGGUGAAAAGAGUGCAAAAAUAUGUCGAAACACUAGAUGUGUUGAAGAUGAAAAAUUCAGCAUCAUCGAGCAACGGGAAUCACAUUCCGAAACAGGAAUCAUCACCGUCUCCUCAACAGCACCAGCGCAGGUAUUCCAACGAGCAAGCAUCGUCACCAGUUCAAAACCAGAAUGGCAGGCAUUCAUUCGCCAAUUCGCCUACACAAGCAAAACAUCAGGAGCCAUCCAGGCACUCAGCCUCGGGUUCUGUCGUCAUAACUACACAGUGGGAAACAUUUGAUCCCGCACCAGGGCCAUUGGUGGAUCAUUACUCAACCACGACGCCAAACAAUAAUAGCCAUGCUUCCUCUGCUCAACCUCGAUUCAAUUGGGAUUUGCUCUGAGAAGAGUAGUAAGUCUUUAGUAGAAGAAAAGUUAUCUUUGCUUAUUAGUUUUGAGGAACUGUGUGAGUGUGAAAUUUCUUCUUUUCACAAGUUGGUUUGGUUGGUACCUAUUCUCCAAUUCUUUUUUUGUAUGUAGAGGGUCCUGUUAGAUUCCCCUGUUUCAUAUGAUGAUCAUAUCCACUUGAUCAAUAAUUGGGAGUCACUACAUAAGGUUCCAUCAUGCUUAUCACCAAUUUCCAGAUUGUAAUGUUAUCUUGUUGAUAGGCCAUGAUAUUAAUAGGCAUUCACAUGUAGAUUCAUAAUACUUUUGAGUAGCAAAAAAAAAUAAAAAAAUUCAAUGAACAA